AAACGAGACAGUCAAUGUGAUUACGUGAUAUAGAAAGCCGUUGCAGUCACGAACACGGUACCUUUCUCUCUCUAGAAAGCACGAAGAAGAGAAGAACCAGGAACACGAGAGAAACCCUAAACUGUUUUUGCGGAACCUAUACAAAAGCAAUGUUCGAAAACCCUAGUGUGGACACUUGCGGAUUUUGAUGAAGCAGAAUCGCCGAUGCACGAGGAUAUCCAUCCUCUCUCUGCUCUCUGUUUCUGUUUUACUUCCGAUUUUUCUACUCUCCAGUACGUUGAGAAAUUUCAAAUCCGAAGCAUCGGAGGAGUAUAUCGAAGAUUUGUCGACUAUCAAAUAUAGGACAGAUGCUCUCACGCUUAGUUCAAUUGAGGAGAAAGACGGUGAAAGCGUGGAAGAGCCGCCACUAGUUGUGUAUAAAGAUGGUGUUUUAGGUUCUGAGGUUGCUGACAUUUCUUCUAAUGGGAGUAGUAGGUCUGACAGAUCUGAAAAUGCCAGAAUCAGCACAGAUAUACCAAAGAGAAAUGGUGCUAAUCAGGAUGCAAAACAAGAUUAUCAACAGGUGCACCUGGAGAAACCAUCAUUGCAGAAACAGUCGGAACAGGCAACAGUUCGAGGCAAUCGAAAUAUACAGGCAAAGGUUCAAGGCAAUCGAAAUAUACAGGCAUUGACAAGGAGGGUAUCGGAUGAGAAGGUGAAAGAGAUUAAAGAUCAAUUGAUUAGGGCCAAUGCAUACUUGGAACUUGCUCCACCUGGUAGCAAAUCCCAAUUAGUAAGAGAGUUGAGACUACGAAUUAGAAUGUUGGAACGAGCUGUUGGUGAAUCUAGCAAGGAUUCUGAUUUGUCUCCGGGGGCUUUGCAUAGGAUAAGAGCGAUGGAGGCUACCUUGACAAAAGCCAGCCGUGUGUAUGCAGACUGCCCUGCCAUGGUCUCUAAACUCCGUGCUAUGACUUACAAUUUGGAGGAACAGGCUAGGGCACAGAAGAGUCAAGUUCAAUUUCUUCUUCAGCUUGCUGGAAGGACAACCCCCAAAGGCCUUCACUGCCUGUCCAUGCGGUUGACUGCUGAAUACUUUGCCCUGCAGCCAGAGGAGUGGCAGUUCCCUAAUCAGCAGAAAUUGCAUGAUCCUGAUCUCUAUCACUUUGCUGUCUUCAGUGACAAUGUUCUGGCCUGUGCUGUGGUUGUGAACUCUACCAUUUCCACCUCUAAGGAACCAGAGAAGCUAGUCUUUCACGUAGUGACAGAUUCUCUAAACCUCCCAGCAAUGUCUAUGUGGUUCUUAUUAAAUCCUCCGGGCAAAUCUGCAAUGCAGAUCCAGAGUGUAAACUCUUUUGAAUGGUUGUCCACCAAGUACAAUGCAACACUGCAGAAGGAAAACUCCCCUGACCUAAGAUAUACCUCUGCACUGAACCACCUUAGAUUCUAUCUGCCAGAUGUGUUCCCUAUGCUGAAUAAGAUAGUGCUUCUUGACCAUGACGUGGUUGUGCAAAGGGAUCUGACAGGACUUUGGAACAUCAGUAUGGAGGGCAAAGUAAAUGGAGCGGUGGAGACUUGUCAGGAAGGUGAAGCCUCAUUUCGCCGGAUGGAUAUGUUUGUCAACUUUUCAGACCCAAGCAUUGAAAAGAGGUUUGAUCGCGAGGCAUGCACAUGGGCUUUUGGGAUGAAUGUGUUUGAUCUUCGAGAGUGGUGGAGACAUAAUCUAACUGGGGUCUACCACAACUAUCUGCAACUCGGAGAUGAAAGGCCAUUGUGGAAGGCGGGUAGCCUGCCCUUAGGUUGGGUCACCUUCUACAACCAUACCAUGGCCUUGGACAGGACAUGGCACAUCCUUGGCCUAGGUCACGACUCUGGCGUCAGGAGGGUAGACAUCGAGCAGGCUGCAGUCAUACACUUCAACGGAAUCAUGAAGCCGUGGUUGGAUACCGGGCCUGAUAAGUACAAGGAAUACUGGAGGAGGCAUGUUAACUAUGGACAUCCGUACCUCCAACAAUGCAACAUUCAGAGAUGAUUGAAUCCUGAACCAUUGCAAUUGGAGCCCUGAAAUUUGAUUCAAAUUCACCGCACAGAUUCGACGUUUCGUGUGAGAGGGGACACUGCGCAUUUUUACUUGAUUUUUCUCUCAUUCUUCCCAUAUUUUUCCGUUUCGUAAAUUUUGACAGGGAAUUUUUUCGGCCAAAAUCAUGUAGGAGCUGAGUUAGUGGUUAGGAAUAAUGGGGUGGUGGAAUAAGGCAAGUCCUUAUGUGGGUUAGUCGCAAUCCUGGUGCUUGUGUGUACAUAAUCCAUUCUAGAAAUCAAUAGUAGGAAUUAAGAAGGGAUUCUUGAUUUUCAAAUUAAUGAUAUGGGGACUGUUUACGACA